ACAGAUUAAAAGAUUAAAAACGUGAGUAAACGAAGACACAAACAACGAACGAUCGUUCUACUGCGGUAUUUGGGCGUAGGCAGGCACAGAAUCUUUGUUGGUGUGGGAGAGCGAAGUAAGAUCGAGGUGAAGCCACCAUAGGAUGCGACGGAACCAUUCUAACUCCGGCAAUUACCGGAAUCCAUGUUUAACGAUGCACCAGCCUUGGGCUUCUCUUCUCGUUUAUGGGAUCAAGCGCGUCGAGGGCAGGUCAUGGCCCGCUCCAAUCACAGGUCGUCUCUGGAUUCAUGCCGCCAGUAAAGUCCCGGAUGAGUCUACAAUCAAAGCAAUGGAAUAUUUCUAUCGGGAGAUUUAUGCGCUCAAUGGCGUCACUGAUAUCCAAUUUCCUCAACACUACCCCGUUUCUAGGCUUUUGGGCUGUGUUGAAGUCGUGGGCUGCUUAACUCGUGAUGAGCUAGCAUGCUGGGAGAUGGUUCCUGAAGGGGUGAGGUUGGAAGCACAGACUGAUUAUUGUUGGCUGUGUGAACGGCCACAGAAAUUGUUGAUUCCAUUUGAGAUGCGGGGUUACCAAGGUGUUUAUAAUCUUGAAAGGAAGAUUUAUGAUGCUGCAGUUAGAGGGCUGUCCCCGGUUAAUAGCCCGCUGCCAGUGAAAUUUCCACUUCCAGACCCACGAGAUCCAUUUUGCUUGAAGCCAGGUUCCAUCUCUGCGCUUACUCCUCAUUCAAAAGCUACUGAAGUGGACAAAUCAUCCAGUAUAAGUCUGGCCAUAGCUGGGGCACAGGCGGCAGCCACUCAGUUCUCAAAGAAGGAUCAGAAUUCCCAUAGUACUACUGCUCGGAACAAUGCACCUGAUACAAUGAAUGCUGAUAAUGAGGACACACAUAUUGCAAGAUCUUAUAAUCUACGAUCCGGAGGAAGGUCUAUGGAAAAUGACAAUAUAUCAUCCACCGAGUUAGAUAGGAAAUUUGACGAUUCGACCUUGCCAUCAUAUCGUGAAAAGAAAAGUAGUAGUAAUUAUAGUGAGGGGAGCCGUAGGCAGACUCGCUCUACCGGUGUAGAAGCAGAUUUGAGACAGUAUCCUCAAGCACCGUCUAAGAUUUUUGCUGCUGCUUUGAAAAGCCUGAAGCAAUAAUUAGGGAAGGAGUCUGACCACCUGGAGUCUGGAUGUGAAUUUGUAUCAUAGUGAAGUGUGACUUCUGAAGCUGAAGUAAAGCUUGAAAGUGGUAGCGCUCAUGCAAGUGUUUCGAUGUUAGAGUCUCUAAAUUAAUUUAGGUCCAUGUACAAUUCGUAGUACAAAAUUGUAGUAUGUAGGUAAUGGGAUGAUGGAUUGGAUCGGAUCCAAGGCCAGAAACUUGCGCUGCAUGAUGUUAAAAAUGAAUCUUUGUUUUACAUCCAU